AUGGGUUUUCUUACAGCUAAAGCUCUUGUGCCACUCGUUCUUUCACUGCUUUGCUGCACUGUUUCUAGUGAAAAGGCUGAGGCACCUCUUCACCAUGGCUCUUCCCAUUACAACCCAACAGCAGCACCAGUAAGUGCGCCACCAACUCAGCACCACCACCACCACCACCACGGUCACGCACCGACCCAUGCACCUAACCAAGCGCCUAGCCAAGCACCUACCCCACACCACCACCACCACCAUCAUGGUCAUGCACCAGCUCCUGCACCUGUUCACACUCCAGCACAUGCACCAAUGCACCCACCAAAGCCUCACUCUCCCCCACCAGUACCAGCACCCCCUCCCAAGAGCUCUCACCCGCACCCACCGAUGCAUCCCUUCCCUAGGAUGCUUGUAGCAGUUCAAGGUGUUGUUUUCUGCAAAUCUUGCAACUAUUCUGGGGUUGAUACCCUCUUGGGAGCAAAACCAGUUCUCGGGGCUACUGUGAAACUACAGUGCAAUAAUACCAAGUACCCACAAGAGGUGAAGGCUACAACUGACAAGAAUGGUUACUUCCUCGUGAAAGCACCGGGGACCAUCACCAACUACGGAGCCCAUAAGUGCAAGGUGUGGUUAGUCUCAGCACCAAACACCGCAUGCAGCAAGAUAACUGAUCUCCAUGGUGGACUGACUGGUGCUAUGUUGAGGCCUGAGAAGAAGCCUUACGUUGAUGAAAAGAAGCAUGAAUUUGCUCUCUUCAGUGUUGGCCCUUUUGCUUUUGAGCCCAAAUGCCAUCGUUGA